AUGAUUGGUGCCUCUUUAGCCCAAGCUGCAGUUCCAAAGAGACCCCUCCCACCACCUACACAGGCCGAAUAUGCAAGCUCUGCACUGAAUAGUGCAAAUUAUGGCGAGGAGACAUUUGAGCAACUUCUCGAUCACAAGAAUCCAAGUCUUGGAACUUUUUCUCAACGUUAUUGGUACAAUUCUGAAUGGUGGGAAGGAGAGGGUUCACCGGUUGUUCUCUUCACUCCUGGAGAGUCAGCAGCUACAGGAUAUACGGGUUAUCUUGAGAACCGCACGCUUACUGGUCUCUACGCCCAGGAAAUCAAGGGCGCAGUGAUAUUGCUAGAGCACCGUUACUGGGGAGAAUCCUCUCCGUAUACUGAGCUAACUGCAGAGACUUUGCAAUAUCUGACCUUGGAAAAUUCUAUACAAGAUCUUACAUACUUUGCCAAGAACGUUGUACUUCCAUUCGAUACAAACAGCAGCAGCAAUGCUCAAAAUGCGCCUUGGGUUCUGAGUGGAGGAUCUUAUAGUGGCGCCUUGUCAGCCUGGACCUUUGCGACAUCGCCAGGUGUAUUCUGGGCUUACCACGCAUCCAGCGCUCCCGUUGAAGCUAUCGAUGACUAUUGGCAAUAUUUCGUCCCUGUCCAGGAAGGAAUGCCGAAGAAUUGUAGCACCGAUCUCUCCCGUGUGGUAGAUUACAUCGACAAAAUCAACGCUGAAGGCAACGAGAAGAAGAUCCAGGCUUUGAAAGAUCUCUUUGGUCUCGGUGAUCUGGAACACUUCGAUGACUUUGCUAGUGCUUUGGAGAAUGGACCCUGGCUUUGGCAGAGCAAUAGCUUUUACUCCGGCUAUUCGAGUUUCUUUGAAUUUUGUGACUAUAUUGAGAACGUCCAAGCUGGUGCAAGCGUUACUCCCGGUGCAGAGGGUGUCGGUCUUCGAAAGGCACUCCAAGGGUAUGCGAAGUGGUUCACAGAAGUCUACUUCCCUGGAUCAUGCACCGGGUAUGGCUAUUGGACCUCUGAUAACACCACUGCAUGCUAUGAUACCUACAACGCCACCAGUCCUUUAUUUACAGAUAAUUCUGUAGACAACAGUAUCGACAAACAGUGGCAGUGGUUCCUUUGUAAUGAGCCAUUCUUCUACUGGCAGGAUGGUGCGCCAUCUGGUGUCCAGUCUAUUGUUUCUCGUACUGUGAAUGCUGCAUACUGGCAGCGACAAUGUCCUCUCUUUUUCCCCGAAGUGAACGGCUUCACAUAUGCUAGUGCAAAGGGUAAAACAGCAUCCGAAGUCAACGCAUGGACAAAGGGAUGGUCCCUUACUAAUACAACUCGACUGACUUGGACAAAUGGGCAGUUCGAUCCCUGGAGAACGUCCGGAGUCUCUUCUGGCUUCCGUUCUGGAGGCGCACUGCAGUCGAAGCCUUCGGCACCGGUUCAUGUCAUCCCAGGUGCUUUCCAUUGCUCUGAUCUCAUACUGAAGAAUGGCCAGGCAAAUGAAGGUGCACAGAAGGUAAUCGAUGCUGAAGUUGCCCAGAUCAAGACUUGGGUAGCGGAGUAUUACAAGUGA